CUCCCUCUCGACUCAUUGUGGAAGAUGGCGGCCGCAGAGUGAGCGCGUUUUCCCCGAACGGCGACUCCGCGAGCAGCAUGAAGCGGCAGAGCGAGCGACGGGAGUCCAGCCCCGGGCGCGCUAAGAGGGCUCGGGAGCGGCGGGAGGAGGCCGGCAGCGGACAUCACAAGAGCUCUGGCAGGCGGGAGAGGCCCAACCAGGCCGGGGCCUCCUCGUCAUCCUCCUCCAGGCGGCCCCGCGACAAUCCGCCUCCCCGGCCGCUGCUCCUCCCCAACCAGGCCGAUGUGCCAGAGUACAAGACGCUGCUGAUCAGUAACCUGGGCUCGGCGCUGCCGGAGCCGCUGCUCGAGGACUGGCUCUUCCGUCAUUUCCAGCGCUUCGGGGAGAUCAGCGUCAAACUGUCGCACACGCCGGACCUGGGCAGAGUGGCGUACAUCAACUUCCGGCGGCCGGCCGAGGCCCGACAAGCGCGGCACGCCAAGCUGCGGCCCCUGCUGUAUGACCGCCCCCUGCUGGUGGAGCCCGUGUUCACCCAGCAGCCCAGCCGCCCCCUGCCCCUCAGCAGCGCCGCCCUGCCGGCCCCCCGACACCUGCUGCUGCCCUCAGCCCUGAGCUCGUCCAGCAGCACCACGGCCUCAGCGGACGCCUACUACCAGAGCCUGUACGAGGAGCGUGGCCGGGGGGCCACCAAUGACGACACUGAGCAACUGGCGCCCGAGGACGACCACCGCGCCACCCGCAACCUGUUCAUCGGGAACCUGGACCACACCGUGUCCGAGGCCGACCUGCGCAGAGCCUUCGACAAGUACGGCCCCAUCGAGGAGGUGGUCAUCAAGCGUCCAGCCCGCGGCCAGGGCGCCGCCUACGCCUUCCUCAAGUUCCAGAACCUGGACAUGGCGCAUCGGGCAAAGCUGGCAAUGAGCGGCCGUCUGCUGGGGAGAAACGCCAUGAAGAUCGGAUACGGCAAAGCCAACCCCAGCACGCGUCUCUGGGUGGGGGGUCUGGGCCCCAACACGUCACUAGCCGCCCUCGCCCGAGAGUUUGACCGUUUCGGAAGCAUUCGCACAGUGGACUACGUGAAAGGCGACAGCUUUGCUUACAUCCAGUACGAGAGUUUGGACGCCGCCCAGGCCGCCUGCACCCAGAUGAGAGGAUUCCCGCUCGGGGACCGCCGGCUGCGCGUGGACUUUGCAAAAGUGACACCUGAGGAAGCGGCAGCCGCGGCGGUCUCCCGCUAUGCUCCCAUCCAGCCCGCCCCGUACCCGCUGCCUCUCUCUUAUGAACUGCUACAGUCUGAGGCCUACACCCGCCACCGCGCAGCACUGGAGCCUGACCUGCGGGUCAGGGAUCGGACCCCUCCACAUCUUCUCUACUCUGACCGCGAGCGGCCCUUCGUGGAGGCGGGCUGGCUGAACUCGGAGCGCCGCAGUGCUGGGCAGACUACACGGAGCCGCAGCGGAGACCGCGGAGGGGGGAGCAGCAGCUCCAAGAGCAGAGAGGAGAGGCGGCGCCGGCGCAGCUUGUCCGGUGACAGAGGGAGGAGCAGAGCAGAGCGCAGUCCGGACCGUCCCAGGAGGGACCUGUCUGACCGAGAGCCAAGCACCCCUCCAUCACCGCCCCACAACCACCGCACCCCAGCACAGGACAAGCCCCGACCCCCAACUCCUGAGCCUCCCCAGCCCAGGAGGAACCACCACCCGAGACCCCCGGAACCGCCCGCAGAGAGACCAUCCUCACCGGUGGUGGAGAAAGGUCGGACGCUGCCGCCUGUCUGGUGCGGUCACCUGGUGCUGAAGAACAGCUGUUUUCCUACCUACCUUCACUUCUUGGAAGGUGACCGCGAUGUGCCCGCUGCCCUCCUCAGAGACCGCACAGCCCCCAGAGCGGGCAGCCUGACACAGCUCAAAAUUGCUCAGAGACUCCGGCUUGAUCAGCCCAAACUAGAGGAGGUGACCCGACGGGUGAGGCAGGGCACCACAGGAGGCUGUGCCGUACUUGUCGCCAUUCAGGCCCCACAGAACGAAGGGGUGGUGCCCGGGGAGCCCGGAUUACAGCGCCGCCUGCUCAGGAACUUGGUCUCCUACCUGAAGCAGAAGCAGGCGGCCGGCGUUAUCAGCCUCCCUGUGGGGGCGAGCAGCAAAGGCAGGGACCCCAGUGGCAUGCUCUACGCCUUCCCCCCCUGUGACUUCCACCAGCUGUACCAGCCGGGCGCCCAGCGAGUGGUGGGCAAACUAGAGGAGAACAUGAUUAUUGUGCUGGUAAAAGACAAUGCCUGACCCCCUCCAGGACCAUGAUCCUCCCCCCCCCCCCCCAAGGUCUCCCUCUCUGUUACUAGGUUGGUGCAUUAACCCUCUAACUGCUGGUGGUGCCCUGUCUGCAGAUGGCCGGCCCUUCCAGCAUUUGCAGGGUUAAGGGCGGGUGUCUGCGGUGUAUAUAUGGGUGGCGGGCAGAGCAGCCGUCACGUCAGGUCCAUGUUUUCUAUGAACUGAACUCCCAGUCGUUGCUGCUGGACAGAUGAUAAUGAUGAUGAUGAUUUUCCUUUUUAUUACUCCCCAUCUGGUGGUCUCUGCUCCUUCGCUCUUCCCCUGGGGCCCCUCACCGGUUGUUUUCAGAUUUGUGGGGUAUAUAUUAGUUUCUUGGGGGGAGGGGCUCAUACUGUUUUUAGGUUUGUGUGUUCUGGGGUCUUGGGUAGCAGGGGUCCCCUGAGUGCCUUAUUGUCUACGUGACGCGGAUGUGUGUGUGGGGGAGGGGAGAGGACCCCCCUGGGCUCUUAUUAGCUACUCGCAGUCUCCCUGUUUAUAACUAGUAGCUGCCCCCGGGGAUCGGCGCCGCUCGUUAUCGCCUAAUGAGGCUUCUUACGCGUUGCCCCUGAGACCACGCAGCCCAGGUACCUGUGGCUACAAUCACUAUUAACCCUGUCACUGCCAGGCGACUUUGAGCAGGGAUCAGACCCCAGGCGUGUAGCGGGCUCCAUGCAGGUCACUUGGCUUCACCGGUUUAUCAGGGUUUGGCGUUUGAUUCGUUUAUCGUUUCUGGUGUCGUAUCUGACGCUCGCGCCUUGUGGGUGUGGCCUGUUUUGCGUGUUGACAUGUGUAAGGUGGGGUCCCAGAGGGGGUUUAAUCUCAGGAGACGGCGUUACUCAGAGCGCAGGCGACGAGGGCGGUAAAAGACGAUGGCGCAGAUCAGGUGUCACCGCUGCUUUGUCUUUAUUUGUGUAUCAGGCGUCGGGUGAAAACCUGUCCGGAAAAAGUCAUGCAAAUCCGGCCCCAGUGAUGAGACGCCCGGCCCUCCUCCAUGUGUGGCCUUAGACACCCGACCAUCUGGUUCUGCAAUCACAAUAUUACCACCCCAGAUCCAUUCUGCUAUUCAUCUGUGAUCCACUCGUCGGGGCUGGGGUCACAUACCCUCUGUGAAUUAGUGGUUUAGCCCAGGGAGGUAACAUUUCCCAUGUGCUUAAAGUGGUCCUCUGCCGUAUGGGAUUGUCUUGGACGUAGUGAUGUGAUUUGGAGGGGGGUCCUGGUUCUGACCCAUUAUUUCCUGCAGGAUCGAUUAGUCAUUGCUUGACUGUUUAGUUCUCUAUAGACAUAUCCCAUCAGUGCAGAGCAGGCAUGACCAAUCAAUCCCGCAGCAGAUUUUGGGGUUCUGAUUCCCCCCCCCCCCCCCCAGAUCAUGUCCUAUUGGCUUACCCCCGAUGCCAGCAGCACUACAAAUCCCAUGAUGCUCACUUGGCUUCUGGGGCUUGUAGUUCCGCAGGUGUGAUUUCAAUGUUCCUUUGGCGCCGCUGGUCUCUGUUUUUCUGGAAGGGUCUUGAAUGUGAUUAGUAAAACUCCCAGAAUGGA